AUGGGGGACCUCUGGACGCGCGCAGAUGGCUGGAGGCGAUUCAGCGGGGGCGGACGAGGAGCGAACGCGUCGCAGGAGUUGAAGAGACGAGGAGGCGCGCCUUCAAGACGCCAAGGCGCGUCGGCCUCCCUCAGAGGCGAGGAGAGCAACGGCACCUUGUCCAGCCGCGAAGAAGAGAGAGACCCUGUGCAGCCGCGGGAGAGGGAAGGGCAGAGAAACAUGGCGGACUUCCACGUUUCUGGAAGAGAGACGAACGGAAGACGAGAGAGAAGCGACGAUUCUCUCGCGCAUGCGGGAGGUCACUUGCAUGUCAUGUCAUUCAAGGUCUCGCAUUUGAUCGGCUCUUCCCCGUCCUCUCCUUCCUGGUACUCUGCGUCGCACUCUCCAACGCGAGCAAGUUUCCCUACAUCGCCUGUCUUCUUGUCUCGACUUUCUGCGUCAUCGUCGUUCGUCUCUCCUUUGCCGUCGGCUUCUGCUUCCGUUCCGAUGAGCUCCCCUCACUCUCGGUACUCUUCUUCGCGUCUCCGAACUCCAACGGAUGUCCCCUGUCGGACGCUUCGUCCUUCUUCUUCUCCUUCCUUCUCGUCUUCUCUCUCUUCUUCUCUCUCUUCUUCGUCUCCCUCUUCUUCUCUCUCUUCUUCUUCUCUCUCUUCUUCGUCUCCCUCUUCUUCUCUCUCUUCUUCGUCUCCCUCUUCUUCUUCUCUCUCUUCUUCUUCUGCCUCUCCUCUCUCUUCUUUCUCUUCUUCUCCGCGUUUUUCUGGGACUGUGCAUGCAGCUCGAGCUCGGCGCUUCUGGAUGACGCACCCGACCGAGGUUGCGGCCGCGGUUUGCGCAGACGCUGCUGCUUCGCAUGUCGCGUUGUGUCGAGAGAAGGGCCGUCGCGGAGAGAGAGACUCGAGCGAAGGUGGAGAGACUGCGGCGCGAGCGAAGAAGCAGCAGACGCUGCUCGUGCGCUGGUUCACGACCGACGCUGGACUCCACCUCACCAGCGGCGCCAUUGCAGGCGCGGUGUCUCGGACAGCGACUGCUCCACUGGAUCGGAUAAAGGUAGUUCUUCAGCUGCAGAGAGGCGAGCACUUGAGUCUGAGUCAAGCUGUGCGAAGAAUCCGGACGCACGAGAGUGAGGAUCCUCGAGCGAAGAGAAGACCUGGGUGGACAGGCUUUUUCCGCGGGAACUUGACGAACUGCGUCAAGGUGAUGCCGGAAACCGCCAUCAAGUUCUACGCCUACGACUUCAUCAAGCAGCGUCUCCUCCACUUCAAACAAGAGAAAGAGCAGAAUGCAUGCAACGCAGCUUCCCUCGUCGCCGCAGUCGCCCGCGAAGAACGCGCCAAGGCCGCGCGAGGGGGAAGCAGCGAACAGCCAGACGCAACAGGCGCUCCCUCCACGCGGAGGAGAGAAGCAGCGAGUCCGAAAGAAGAGGCAAAGGAGAAGAAGGACGUUGCGAGUGUGGGGAAGGACGUCGGGGCGGAUCGAGAGCUGGAAGACAUUUUCGAGCGCCAGAGAAGACGGCCGACUUCCGAGAAAGAGGAUCAGUCUUCCGGAGCCCACAGGUCCUCAGAAGGCAUGGGGACUGGCGGAGGCUGUCCAAGCGUCCCCGCGGUUUCUCUGACGCUUUUCGACAAACUUUUGUGCGGAGCGGCCGCGGGAAUGAUCGCACAGUUCACAAUAUAUCCGAUGGAGAUUGUGAAGACUCGCCUGGCUGCGUACUCGCCGUUGUGCCGCUACGAUGGCAUUCUCGACUGCCUGGUCAAAACGUUCAAGGAAGGAGGCCUCCGGCGUCUGUACAGAGGUCUCGGUCCGUCUCUUCUCGGUAUCAUUCCGUACGCCAGCAUCGACCUCGCACUCUUCGACACUCUCAAAGGCAUGUAUAUCAGCCUUGUGUUGCUACCUAAACUGUUGAGUGAAGAAGAACGAGAAGGGCAGGCAGGAAGAGAGCGGCCAAGACGACUCGGAGAAGAACUCCCCUCUCAGCCAAACGAACAACGUUCCUGUGUCCAGUCAUCUUCCUCUCAGAGCUCGCCUUCUUCCAGCAUCUCUUCUUCCUCCAGCUCUUCUCGAUCGCCUUCUUCGUUGCCUUCCUCGGGCGCUGCUUCCCAUCCGCCGUCGGCGUCUUGCCUGGUGUCUGAGUGUGCGCGGGAGGCGUCCGCGGCUCCGUCGGGGCCUGCGUCUCUCUGUGCGCGGACUUCCUGUGCGUCGUCGGAUCCGCAUGAGGCCCACAAGAAGGCGGCGUCUCCGAACGUCUUCGUCCUUCUCUUCUGCGGAUGCGUGAGCUCGCUGUGCGGCCAAGUGGUUGCCUAUCCAACAGCGCUUGUCCGUACGCGCAUCCAAGUCGACGGCGGCGAUGGACAACCUCCAAAAUACAAGAACAGCUGGGGUGCCGCGCGCUGCGCCUGGUCCGACGGCGGCGUGAGAGGUCUGUACAGAGGGCUGUGCGCCAACCUCAUGAAGGCGGUGCCGGCCGUCAGCGUCAGUUGGCUGGUCUACGAAAAGUCGAAGGAGGCGAUUCGACGGAGCGUCGAAGCCUACGAAGCGAACGAGAUACGCAGCUGA